CAUAAAUUUGACCAAAUCCAUCGCCAAUUCCCACAACGCUUUUUCCUUGCAAGCCAAGCUCAGAUUUCCUUUUCUUGAUUUUUCUUUAUCAAAUGGCUCGCACGAAGCAGACCGCCAGGAAAUCCACCGGAGGCAAGGCUCCUCGGAAGCAGCUUGCGACGAAGGCUGCUCGCAAAUCGGCUCCUGCAACCGGAGGAGUGAAGAAGCCGCAUCGUUUCAGGCCUGGAACCGUGGCUCUGAGAGAAAUCAGGAAGUAUCAGAAGAGUACGGAGCUCUUGAUCCGAAAGCUUCCCUUCCAGAGGCUGGUGAGGGAGAUCGCUCAAGAUUUCAAAACGGAUCUCAGGUUUCAAAGCAGCGCUGUUGCUGCUCUUCAAGAAGCCGCUGAGGCAUAUCUUGUUGGACUGUUUGAGGAUACUAAUCUCUGCGCAAUUCAUGCUAAGAGGGUCACAAUUAUGCCAAAGGAUAUCCAGCUUGCUAGGAGGAUUAGAGGGGAGAGAGCAUAGAGCUUCACUCGAUUAAUGUCUAGACAUUAGACAUGGAUAUAUCUGAAUUUUGUUCUUUUCAGUUUCUAGAACUCUCUUUCCAUUUUCAAGUAAUGGCGUUGUAAAUCUUUUUGAUUAACUUCUAGAUCUUAGCUUAAUACUAAUUUGGAUUUGAAUUUUCUGAAUUUAAAGUGCAAAAUUAAUUUUCUACAACCUU